UUUCUCUCACAAUAGAUAUCUAGAAGAGGCUGAGAGAUUCUCUAAGCCUGGGUCUGUUACUCAGAUGAGAGCUCAUUUCGAGGCUCAUUUUAAGAAAAAAGGAAUCCAACUUCCGAGUUCUGUAGAAGCUCACACAUGGGGAGAAGUAGCUCCACAUCAUCAACAAACUGCUAGUGAGAAAGAAGGAAAUUUGUGGGAGAGUAUGAGUCAGUGUAGCCACUACAGCUAUGAACUAGACAAGUGUGAUAAAGAAAAGAGCUCAUUCGGCGAUUCUUGUGUGAGUUAUGAGUCUUAUGAGGAUAAUAGUUCUCUUUCUGUUGCUCCGGAGAAGAUUGGAAUUGGUUGCAGUGAGAGAAGUGUAGAGGAUAAAGCAGAAAUGAGUUUACCCUCUGCAACUGCAUUGAAGUCUUUGAAAAAUGACCGGAAAGCUACUCCUAGUUAUGCGAAAACGACGAAAACUACUACCAAGAAGCAUGUUGUCAUAGCAAAGGGGUCUUCUAGUUGUAAUACUAAAACAAGUUUUGACACUAAGAGAGGAAAGGAAAUGAAGCCGGCCUUGAUUGUUAAAUCCAAUGCAUCUCAAGCUCCAGUAACAAAGAAAACUGAGAGCCUGACUCCUCUAGCUGCAAACAAGUUCAGGUCCAAGAACACUUUUGGUUCUGCUAUGAAAGAGAGAACAGCUACUAAUGGUUUCAGUUCAAGAAGCAGCGAGAGAGUCGAGAAGAGAAAUGAGGAAAAUGUGGAAGCCAUAGUGCUAAAAUCUCUCAACUUCAAAGCAAUACCAGUGCUUAGAAGCAGACUAGCUAGACCUCAGCACACGUCAAUAGGUCAAGAAAAGGUAAGAAAAGAUGCUCAAGCACACUCAUCUAAAGCUAGUAGUAAUCGGUCAUUGGCAAAUGAAGCAGCCAAGAGUAAGCUCGAUAUUAACAAACAGAAGGUGGAUACACAGAGGAGUCUAAGUGAGAUUUGACCAAAUAGCAGGGAUCAUACCGCGAAAAACAACGCAGAC